AUGAAUAAUAACAUAAAAUCGUUAUUUUCUUGGAGAAAUUUAAUUUUAAGUGACAGUCAAUUAAAUGGAAUUUAUUUAAACAAAAUCAUGGGUUGUCGUCCUUCUCUUGGAAAAGCAAAGAUAAUGAGAAAGUCACAGGUCUCAGAUUUUACAAAAAUUUAUCCUGAACAGGAAAUAAUUUCAAAAGGCGUGAUUUAUACGUCAGUUAUACAAACAAGUACAAAAGACAAUCUUCAGGAAGAUGCAAGGCAUUCCACGGAAGAUACAUGCCCGAAUUCGCGAGUAUCGUCAAUUCAAGCAAAGAAUAAAAACAUUUAUGUUUCAAGAACUCCAGAAUCUGAAAUUAAAUUAGAUGAUAUGUAA